AUGGCGGUGUACAUAACCAGGAAGAGAAAGGUGGAGGAAAACCUCCAUGCUGAGUCCGUCCCUGUCUGCAGCAGCAUGAUAAAGUCCAGAAUGCUGCUUCCUGUCGUCAUGGCAGCCAAAACCAAAUGGGGGGCGGUGAAGGACCGCGUGACCGGAACACCCGCCGACGACCCCGACGCCAAACUGGAGGCCAAUCUGGAGAACGCAGAACCCGAACUCUGCAUCAGACUGCUGCAGGUUCCCUCGGUGGUGAACUACUCUGGUCUGCGGCGGCGGUUGGAGGCCAGCGAUCGGGCCUGGAUCGUUGUGUUUCUGGAGCUGCGAGGUCUGGACCUGCUGAUGGAGGCUCUGGAGCGUCUGUCCGGUCCCGGCUGCGCUCGCAUUGCCGACGCUCUGCUGCAGCUGACCUGCAUCGCCUGCAUCCGAGCCGUGAUGAACUCGUCCGAAGGACUGCACUUUAUCCUGGACAACGAGGGCUACGUCAGGACCCUGACCCAGGCUCUGGACAUGUCUAACGUCAUGGUAAAGAUGCAGGUGUUUGAGCUGCUGGCUGCCCUCGCUCUGUUUGACCCUCGGGGACAACACCUGGCCCUGGACGCCCUCGAUCACUACAAGAGUCUGAAGAAGCAGCAGUAUCGCUUCAGUGUGAUCAUGAAUGAGCUUCACGGCACCGAUAAUGUCCCGUACAUGGUGACACUCAUGAGCGUCAUCAACGUCCUCGUGUUGGGACAAGAAGACCUAAGGAAGAGGGACCGACUGAGACAGGAGUUCAUCGGACUACAGCUGCUGGAUGUUCUGCCCAAACUGAGGGAGACGGAGGACCAGGACCUGAACAUCCAGUGUGAUGCCUUCGAGGACUCGCUGACGGAGGACGAGGAGGAGAUGGAAAGACUCUACGGAGGCAUCGACAUGAGCAGCCACCAGCAGGUGUUCACCUCACUGUUCACCAAGGUGUCCAGCAGUCCGUCCUCUGUCCAGCUGCUGUCCAUCCUUCAGGCCCUGCUGUUGGUGGACCCGGACAGAUCUGAGGUCUGGAUGGCUCUGGAGCAUCUGGCUGACAGAGCCACACUGAUGUCCCAGGACUCGGACAUGUCCGCCGACUCUCUGCUGGAGAGGCUCCUCCCCCGCAAGUCCCUCUCAGCCAAUCACAGGAUCAGAACCAUCGACAGGGCGGUUCAGACUCGACUACCAGACAGUCCUUCUGCUACUCCAGGGGCUCCUUCCUCCCCCUUACCUGGCGUAGGAGCUCCUCCCCCUCCUCCCCCUUUACCUGGUAUGGGGGCUCCUCUCCCUCCUCCUCCCCCUUUACCUGGUAUGGGGGCUCCUCCCCCCCCCCCUUUACCUGGUAUGGGGGCUCCUCCCCCUCCUCCCCCUUUACCUGGUAUGGGGGCUCCUCCCCCUCCACCUCCUCCCCCUUUACCUGGUAUGGGGGCUCCUCCCCCCACCCCUCCCCCUUUACCUGGUAUGGGGGCUCCUCCCCCUUUACCUGGUAUGGGGGCUCCUCCCCCUCCUCCCCCUUUACCUGGUAUGGGGGCUCCUCCCCCUCCUCCUCCCUCCCCCUUACCUGGUAUGGGGGCUCCUCCCCCUCCACCUCCUCCCCCUUUACCUGGUAUGGGGGCUCCUCCCCCUCCUCCCCCUUUACCUGGUAUGGGGGCUCCUCCCCCUCCCCCAGGUGACAUCAUGGCAGCCCAGGCGGUUCAGGGUCUGGGGAAGUCGUAUCAAAGCCCCGCCCCCUGUCCCACCCUCCGUAUGAAGAAACUGAACUGGCAGAAACUCCCGUCCAGAGCACUGGCAGCGCAUCAGUCCUUGUGGACGUCGGUGUCUUUAGAUUCGGUGGAACCAGAUUACUGCAGCAUCGAGCAGCUCUUCAGUUUUCCUCCAACUGAGACCAAGACCAGAACCAAAUCCAAGACUGAGCCCAAAGAGAUUUCCUUCAUCGAUGCCAAGAAAAACCUGAACUUCAACAUCUUCCUGAAGCAGUUCAAAUGUUCCCAUGAGGACUUUGUGUCUCUGAUCCGGAGGGGAGACAGGUCCAGGUUUGACGUGGAGCUCCUUAAACAGCUGAUCAAACUGCUACCGGAGAAGCAUGAGGUAGGGAACCUGAAGUCUCACCAGGCAGACAAGGACAAGUUGGCGUCAGUGGACCAGUUUUACCUGCUGCUGCUGGACGUCCCCAGUUACACUCUGAGGAUUGAGUGUAUGUUGCUGUGUGAGGAGAGCAGCUGUCUGUUGGAGACUCUGAAGCCCAAAGUGGAGCUGCUGGAUCGAGCCUGCCAGAGUGUCAUGGAGAGCACUCGUCUUCCCAGCUUCUGUAAACUCAUCCUGAGUGUCGGAAACUUCCUGAACUACGGGACUCACACUGGGAACGCUGAAGGUUUUAAGAUCAGCACUCUGCUCAAACUGACAGAAACCAGAGCCAACAAGUCCAGAAUCACCCUGCUGCACCACAUCCUGCAGGAAGCAGAGCAGAACCAUCCGGACCUCCUGAACCUGCCGGAUGAUUUGGAGAUCUGUGAAAAGGCGGCUGGGUUGAAUCUGGAGUCCAUUCAGUCUGAGAGCAGCUCUCUGUUCAAACAGCUGAAGAGCGUUGAGAGUAAAGUUUCCUGUUCACCUGAGGACCUGAAGGAGCAGUACCUGUCCACCAUCCAGGAGAGCCUGCAGGCAUGUGAGCAGCUGCAGCAGCUGUUGUCAUCGUUGGAGGACCGGAGGACGGAUCUGUGCGUCUACCUGUGUGAGGACGGCAGCAGCUUCUCCAUCGACGAGCUCCUGAACACCAUCAAGACCUUCAGAGGCCUGUUCCUCAGAGCCAUUAAGGAGAACGAGAGUCGCAGGCAGCAGGAGAAGAGGAGGAAGCAGCAGGAGGAGGACAGGAAGCUAAAAGGAGACACCAACAAGAUCAUCAGGAAGGACGUGUCCAACAAGGACGAAGGCUGCAUCAUCGACAACCUGCUGUCUGAGAUCAGGAAGGGCUACAACCUGAAGAGGACCAGACCACGAGCUGAGAGGGGCAGCAGGGUCCACGAUCAUCCUGCGGUCAUACAAAGAUCACCUGCUGUGGACGAGCCUGAUUCGUCUGUUUCCAGCCAAUCAGAAAAGCCUGCAGAACCAGCAGAGGCAGACCAGAUCCCCUCAGAUCCACAGGCUGAAACAAGACCAGAACCAGAGUCAGCUGAAACUGAAGUAGGUCCCCCAGAGACCCAAAACUCCUCUGAACCCUCCACCUCUACUGCUGCUGCUGACACCGAGCAGGACGAGAUCCGGACCAGACUCCAAGACUCUGAGGUGGACUCUGUUGGUCCUGACAGGGAGACCAGAGAAAGAGGUCCUGCAGGAGAGGAUGAGAUCCAGCUCCCAACAGAGUCCAGAGGAGACAAAGAGGAUUCAGAGUUUGAAGAUAUCCCAUCAUUUGAAGCUAGAACAACUGAAAACAACGCUGAUCCAGAUUCUGAUGAACCAGCAAAGAAGUCCAGGACCAGUCCAGCAGGACCAAAGGUGGGAUCCAAUCACAAAGCUAAGAGAGGAUGUGUGUCACACUGACGUCAUGAUGGAGAGCCUGGCAGGCAGCGUUCAGGGCUCAACAGCACCUCUAGUGUCCUGCUGAUUCUUCUUCUGUGGUUCCUCUCCAGGCCAGCAGGAGAAACUCUGGUCACAUGUUUCUCUCUGACAGCUGAUUGGCUGAAGACAGUUUACCUGAGCAGGUGUUCAGGUAACUUUCUGAUAAGUUGAUGAUUGAUUUUUGAGCAAAAUAUUAAAAUCUGCAUUCUGAAUUGGUAUUAUUAUUAUUAUGAUGACUUUUAUUAAUAAAGUUAUUAUUGUUGUUAUUAUUGAUAUAAUAACAAUGAAUAUGAAUACUAUUAUUAUUAUUAUUAUUAUACUGAUGGUUUCAGUCCAGUUUGAUGUGUAACACUAAUCAAUCAGUUAUUAAUCGUUUGGUUCUCGUUCUGGUUGUAAAUUGUUCAUUUAUUGAUUUCAGAUUGAUUGUUGAACCAACAGAUCAGUUUUAUUAUUAGCCUUUAUUAAAAUCAAUGUUUUCCUUCAGUUAAAAUACUGUUAUAUACGUUAAAUACUGCAUUCAUGAAGUUAAAGUUCACACUGCUGCGUUCUGUGUAUUAUUUUAUUAUUAG